UUGUAGCUUAGUUUAGUAGAUCUACCAACCAGUUUUGCUACACUAACUCUUCUCUCUUGUACUGUCUCCGUCGAUCCACUAUUUUUUAAUAUCUGUACGCCAGUGGCUCUCCAAGCCCUUGGCCUUGCGUUUUACUUAUCGCUUGCGGCUUCGACCUGCUUCCCUCUGCCACCGAGUUGCAAUAGAGUAGAUCUCGCAAGAAAGAGAGAAAGUAUGGCGACUCUGAUCGAAGAUUCUGACCCAUGCAGUGAUGGGAGCGAGAGCAGUGCCGAGGAAGAUCCCUUCCAGGUCCAGGACAUCGACAAGAUCGAGGAAGAUCCCUUCCAGGUCCAGGACAUCGACAGGAUGCUGGUCGAGGAUGUGCGCUUUGAGAUCCAGGAGAUACUGCGUACCGUGGACAGGGAAGAGGGCGAAACGCGUGAGAUUUCCAUCAUGCCGCCACUGCACGUACGCCAAGCCAUCCUCAAAGACGAGAACUACAAGGACAUGUAUGAGCAGCUGGUCGCUGAUCAAAGCAAGGCGAAAGCGACCGACGCUGAUCAGGCCGCCACUGCGGAUAACACACUAGCAGCUUCGCACCAGGGUGAUGCGCAAUGGGACCCGCGCGACAAGCAGCAAGACAGUGAAAACAAGGAGCGUAUGAUCGACCUGUUGACGGCUGCCUUCUACCGGAAACAUUUGGAACUCGCCAAGCAUCGUAACCAACUCAACUGUAUGAUCAAAUUGGUCGCCGGUGCCUGGGUCGGAAAUGAAAUGGCGGUGCGACAUCUAUCGCAUGUUGUCGGUGAAAUGCCAACAUUCGUCUUCCCGAAAGCCAUCGGUCAAGCCGAACAAUCCAAUUCGGAUAUGCCCCGUGACCAAAGCGACGAACAGAAGAGCGAGGAGAAGGGUGAGGAGAAAAGCAAGGAGAAGAGGGAGGAGAAGAGCGAGGAGAAGAGCGGGGAGAAAAGUGAGGUUGACAGCACAGAUGAACCUGAGGUCAGCGACGAUGUCACGUUAGAGGAUGCCCUGAUCGAGCCGGAUGUGAAACGGACCAAGGCCAUCUUGAAAUUUCUGGAAGCGCGGGAGCGUGGCGCAAGACGGAUUAGUCCUCCUGUCUUUGCUGAUCUCUCGUAUCUCCGCCGCACGACACCAAUAACUAGUGAGGAAGAAGAGGACAUUUCUCUCAUCCCCCGCCAGACUGAUGUCGUCCCGACACGCUACAUAUCCCGGUGUCAAACCAAUGAACAGUUAGAAGCCGAAUUCCAAGAGAUGAAGGCAGAGCAUGAGAGGCUCCGGGAGAAUUUUCGCUUGCUGCUGGCUGAGCCUGCAGACACAGUUUCGUUUUCACUGCUGUUGGCCAAUGGUGAUGUCAAGCAAGUAGAGAAGGAUGUCAACAGUCCCGAAGGGGCUCUCAUUCUGGAAGUGAAGGAGCAACGCCGCAAAGCCAGAAAGCAACAGUUGCGUGCACAGCGGCAACUAGAGUUGAUUCAAGCACGCUCUGAGCAGGCAAGGCAGGCUCAUACCAAGCACAGUGUUAGAGCGUGGUCUCAACCAGUGACUGCCCCGGCUACUGCCCCAGCAACCGACACAGCGAAUCACGCAGAAGCGCCACCAGAGCCGGAUGGUGUGGAGGAAGAGAAGGACGAGAAGCUUCUUGUUCAUCCGACAGCCGAGAUUCCCAAGGAACCAUUUGCAUGGCUUGAGAAUGUAACAAUCCAGCCUUCCAAAGACGGCGGUCUAGACUUUGUGCGUGCAGCUGUGGAGCGACGCCAGGGCUACCUCCGAUCCAAGCACGAAUCGAAACAUGACAAGCACGCACACGAGUACAUGUCUUGUGCUCAGUCGAAGCAUGGCCCUUGCCUUGACUGCACUCUGAUCCGCCGGGAAGCAGACCAUGCCGAGUUGGACCAACAGAAGAGACUCUUCCGAAAGCGUGAUUCUGAGCGGCAAGAGGCAGCCUGGGCAUUGUCCUUGCCCGAACGGCCUAUUUCGCCAGUCAUGAAGGCUUCUUGUGACCCAGCCAGGCAUAAAUUCACAUACACCAAAGAAGUAACCCACAGUAUUUUGCCGAUACGUACUGAGAUCCGGAAAGGAAACCUAGGCUAUUUGGACUUUCAGGCUGGAGUCAAGAAGCUGGAGCAACAUCUUGCCCUGACCUCACCAUGCACAGAUGGACGAUCGGCACAGGAGCGAUACCAACAACAGAUCGAGGAGUUUCGAAGAAAGUCAGCAGCCGCCCGGGUGCAGUUCAGCCGGGAAGAAGCGAAUCUGGCAAGAGAAAAGGCAAAGAGUGCACAUCCUCAGGUACACUUGUCCAGCAAUGUUGAUAGUCACGCUAACCAUGCUAGCAACGCAGGCAACGUCGAUAGGCAUGCCAGCAGCUCAGACGGGCUGCUGUAUGUGCCACCGGGAUCUCCGGUGACUCGAGAUGCAAGCAACUCACGCACCGCUCUCUUCCGCCACCGCUAUAGAUCAACGCUGCCCAGUUCACUGCCAGAGCACCAGGCCUACCGCAGCAGCCAGCUUGAUCAACAGCAGCAGACACAGGUAGAGGAAAUCAAGCAAGAGCAGCACCGGGAGAGAGCAGUCCAGCACUGCGUCGAUACGAAGCAGCAAACUUCGGAACAGAGAAGUUCGGGGUUUGUACCAAUGCGAAAAGAUCCUGAAGCCGACCUAUUCAGAAUCAACGGCGCUGCCCAACAUUACAGUCGCAUGGCUUCAAACUCUGUGUACAGUGCGUCAACGUCGUAUAAAACCGUGCGAUUCGAUAGUGGACAUGUAUCGCCACGUGUCAAACAUCAGCCCAAGCCGCUUGUUCCUGUGAACAAUGGCCAUGUCAGGGUCAAGGGAGGUGGCUUCGUCAUGCGCACCAACCCGCCCAAGCCAAAGCCGCUGAAAUCCUGCCUGAAGAAGACCAAUUCAGCUUCGUACUUAUCAUCAGAGCAGAGUGGACAGGGCAGCUGGUCAGACAACACACGUCGGAACGGACAUAGGAUUAGAUGGGGUGACACCUCCGUCGUCCACGUGCACCCGGCACAGUGGCAGCACCCGGCACAGUGGCAGCACACGGCGCACGCAGCGUACACAGAGGACGUCGGCCAGUGGAGUGAAUUUGCCGUCAAUCAACCAGCAGUGAGCAAGUCACCUCCCGCAACCGUUGUCGAUGAACCCAACCACUCAGUGAACACUACACUGCCACAACAGUACAAUACAGCCAUAAAUGCAACACAAGUAUCAGAAUCAACAACCUUGUCAGUCGAGUAUUCAAGCACACCAUUGCACACGCCAGCAGCAGGCGGUAACGUAACAAGUCCAGCAGGGGAAUCUUUGGACAAACCAUCAGAUGCAGCUUUCGCCACUGCAGGCAGUGCAGCCGCAGUGCAGGCACCCACGCAGCCAUCACAGACCAGCAAAACACUAAUUACAAGCCAGGUAAACAACACGUCACCGAAUAAACCCAAUGUAGCCAAUGUAACCAUACCGUCAUCCCGUGCAUCAGCAAAAAGACCAACGUCAUCAGCCAAAAAGCGACAGAGCACAUCAUCAAAAAAGGCCAAGAGGCCAUCCAUGAAACGCAUAAACGAGCUUGCUAAACCAAGAGUCAUUACCUCCAAAUACAAGGAAGAAGUUAGACAGCCAAGUGCCACCCAGGCUCGUCUCCUAUCCGCUGGUAGAUGUGUCGUGAGAAACAAGCCUGUGCGUGGUCGUGAACCACGAGCGGCAUCGGCACCACCGCGGUUGAUUCCAACGCCAAUAUCGAUAGUCCAGGAGCCUGACCCUCGAGCAAUGUCCGUGAGCAUUGAAGCACGCUACACAGGGGAGCUUCUCCAGACAAGGAUGGAAGUCAUCCCAAGAGUAUACGAUCUGCUAUCAGAAGCUCCUCGGCUUGCUUCCUCAAGGCCGGUCUCUCGAGCGUCUCCUGCCAGCAACCGCAGGAGUGCACAACAUGCAGGCACAACACCACCUCCUCUGCUGAGGCAACAUCGUGAGCUGCUUCCGUCCGAAGAUCAGUCGGCUCACCGCCAGUGGGCUUGGUCGAAGCAUGAAGAAGGUCCUCUGUCUUUGUUCAAGGUAAUCGGAACGAAAGCAACUUGAUGUUAGUAUGUGACUUGAUGCAUUCCCAGACUGAACGGUGUAUGCCUUGAGACCUCUCAGUGUUCAUUCAAGCUUCAUUUCUGGUGUUUACACUGCACACUGCAAGCUGCAGUCGAAUGCACAUACUGGCAGCUAGUACACACUACAGACAUACGAGUGAUGAUGAUCGCAGCACAUACAGCAGGGUAUUGUGUAUACAUGUACAGGUUAGGAACAUGAUGAUAUACACAUUGUUCACCUACUGCUGUUGCUGCUGCUGCUGCUGCUGCUGCUGUUGCUGCUGCUGCUGCUGCUGCUAGGACUAUCACUGGAGUAGUAUACAGUAUCACAUGAUCUUUCUCUCAACCGGUAC